GUGCUGUUGGGGAUUUUAGCAUGUUGGCAUUGGAGAUUUGCAUGGUCGUUGUUGGAAAAUCGCACAGUCACUGGUCUCCUCAAUUCUUCCCUUUCUUCCCGCAUCCACAAAUCAUCCUCAACUGAACCUUGCGCUUAAGGUAGGGCCACAAUAUGACCAUCUGCAGACUCCUCUCGCGACAGUACGGUGUUUAUGAUGAUCGAACGAAAAAGGGAACAUGGCACGAUAAAUUAUGCACGUCGCUUCGACUCUGUUCGACGCAUUAGGGUAUCGCAUCUCGUCUCUAGCACUCCAGAUCCAACUGUCAUCUGCCGCCUCGGAGACCCAAUCUGUCAGCGGGGUCGGAAAAGUAGAUCCAACGGCUGCGUUAGACGUCCCAGAUUGUGAAGAUUGCGGACGUGGUCGAUAUCUCGGUAGUUCAAACUCGCCAGAUCUUCGUAGGAACAGUGUGCUCAACUUCGACUGUUGCGGGAAUCCCACCCAAAGAAUCGCGGUGUCGUGUGACUCUGAAACUUCCGGGCCACUCAUUAUCCGUGGCCUAUACUUCAGAUGGCGUCUACUUGACAUUUGGUUGUGGAAUGCAGACACCGGAACCCGAGCCUUGACACUGGACCUUCCCUCUGGCUGCGUUUAUAUGGCGUUUGCUCCGGAUGGUUUGCAACUUGCAUGUGGGAGCAUGGCUUGAUCUGCAUUUGCAAUGUCGAUGGUUCUGGGGAACCUCAACGCCUUUCCGGACGUUCCAAGCGCGUCAACUCCAUUACACACGGGUCUCCCCUCGCGUCAGCAUCUUCAUUAUCCGUAUUUGGGAUGCUGCUGAGGGCUCAACCAUUCGUACUCUCGAGGGUCACACCGACAUUGUGGUUUCUGUGGCGUGUUCACCAGAUGGAGC